AUGGCUCUUAUAGUAGAUAAACAUCGACCUCGUUCGCUCGAUCAACUUACAUAUCAUGAUGACCUUUCUGAACGUUUGAGAUCUCUUGCACAAUCCGGCGACUUUCCUCAUCUUCUCCUCUACGGACCUUCUGGCGCCGGCAAGAAGACGCGCAUCGUAUGCACACUCAAAGAACUCUACGGACCCGCUGUCGAGAAAAUAAAAAUCGAUUCACGGGUCUUCCAACUCUCAUCUUCGUCUCGAAAACUCGAAUUUAAUAUCGUGUCCUCUCUCUAUCAUUUGGAAAUCACUCCUUCGGAUGUGGGAAACUAUGAUCGUGUAGUGAUUUCUGAGUUGCUAAAGGAAGUCGCGCAAACGCAGCAGGUGGAUCAGAGUGCGAAACAGAGGUUUAAGGUGGUGGUGAUUAAUGAGGCGGAUGGGUUGAGUCGCGAUGCGCAGGCUGCGUUGAGGAGGACGAUGGAGAAGUAUAGUGGCAAUGUUAGGUUGAUACUGGUGGCUAAUAGUACGUCGGGGAUUAUUGGGCCGAUUAGGAGUAGGACGUUAUUGGUGAGGGUGGGGGCACCGACCGAGGGGGAGAUUGUGAAGGUGCUUGAGAAGAGUGGGAAGAGAGAGGGGUGGGGUGUUAGCAGGGGAUUCUUAGAGAGGGUCGCCAAGGAGAGUGGGAGGAAUUUGAGAAGGGCCCUUUUGAUGUAUGAGGCGGCGCAUGCGCAGAACGAAACAAUAACAGACAUCACACCCAUUCCACCCCCCGACUGGGAAGCACUCCUCUCAACCAUCGCCCACAGCAUGACCAUCGAACACACGCCCGCGCAAAUUCUCAAAAUCCGCGCCCAACUCUACGAUCUCCUCACGCAUUGUAUACCCGCCACCACGAUUCUCAAAACACUCACGUGGAAACUUAUGCCAUUGGUGGACGAUGCAUUGAAGAGCGAGAUUGUCAGGUGGGCGGCGUUCUAUGAACAUAGGUGUAAGACGGGUACGAAGGUGAUUUUUCAUCUGGAGGCUUUUGUGGCUAAGUUUAUGAGGGUUUCGGAGGAGUGGUUGAUGGCUAUGGAGAUUGAGUAG